CACAAUUAAGUCCUAAAAUGUCAAAUAAUUAACAAAUUUAAACUAAUAAUAAUUAAUUUUGAGUACACUUAAUUACCAUAACUACAAACAAAUGUCGUUUGUUUUAAACGUCUUAAGAUCAAUAAUACACAAUAUGCUACAAUUACUUUGGUUUGGGAAAAAAAGUAUAUCAAACUCUUUAAGUAUUUACAUAAAAAGUAACACAGGCAGUACAAUAAGCGUAGAUUUAGAUCCAAAAUGGGAUAUCGAAAAAGUGAAAGAAAUUGUAGCCCCUCAGUUAGGUUUACAACCAGAAGAAGUCAAAAUUAUCUUUGCGGGAAAAGAGCUGUGUGAUUCGACAAUAAUAGAAGAAUGCGAUUUAGGUGAAAAGAGUAUUUUACAUGCAGUUAAAGCUAGACCAAAACGCAAUAAAAAACAGUUAAAUACACCAAGUACACUUGGCGAGGAAGUAGAAGAGACAGGCUCAAAGCCAUUAAAUGAAACACUUAUCGAUUUACAAUUAAAUUCAGAAGAACGAAGUCAUGUAAAUACCGAUGAAGAACGCCUUCGCACCAAAGCUCAUUUCUUUGUAUACUGUGGUGUAUGUAAAGGCAUGAAACCUGGUAAAUUGCGCGUUCGAUGUGAAAUAUGUAAAAGUGGGGCUUUUACAGUAGAUUCUGAUCCACAGUGUUGGGAUGAUGUAUUAGAACCUAAACGAAUUACUGGAGAAUGUGAAAGUGAUCAUGAAAAUGUUUUUACUCAGGUAGAAUCGUCUACUUCAACUUUAAAUAAUGUAAUUUAUGCUCAAUUUUAUUUCAAAUGUAGCGAACAUACAAGUCAAGGUGAAUCUGAUCAAGCUGUGCCUUUAUAUUUAAUAAAACCAAAUUUGCACGAUGUUCCUUGCAUUGCUUGUACGGAUAUCAGUGAUCCAGUAUUGGUGUUUCCAUGUGAACAGAAUCAUGUAACAUGCAUUGAUUGUUUUCGACAAUAUUGUGGCUCAAGACUUCGUGAUCGACAAUUUUGGCCGCAUGACACUUUAGGCUACACUUUAGAAUGUCCAGCAGGUUGUCCUAAUUCUUAUAUUAAAGAAACUCAUCAUUUUCGUUUAAUGAGUGAAGUUCAAUAUGUGCAAUAUCAAAGGUUUGCUACGGAAGAAUAUGUUUUAAGACAAGGGGGUGUUCUGUGCCCACAGCCAGGGUGUGGUAUGGGUAUAUUACUUGAACAAGAUUGUCAAAGAAUUGUUUGCGGAAAUUGUGGAUAUUCUUGGGACAGAAAUGCAAAUCCUAAUUUGGAAAAUGGAAUAGAGGGUAUGGGAGUGUUAUGGCCGGGUGUUAACCCAAACAAUGCGGCCCGUGGUAGAUGGAUUGGAAAUAAUAAGGCUGAUUCAAGUUCGGCAACUACCAAAACUUGUCCAAAGUGUGGAGUUGCUACUGAAAGAGAUGGUGGGUGCAUGCAUAUGAUAUGUGCUCGAGGUUCUUGUAAAUUUCAAUGGUGUUGGGUUUGCCACGCUGCUUGGACUAGAGAAUGUAUGGCUAGUCAUUGGUUUGAUUAAUUAAAUACAAUAUUGGACUACAAUAUUAGACUUGUCUGUGAUUUUUAAUUAUAUAAUUUUGUAG